AUGGGAAGUGGAAUAUCUAAAAACAUCAAUCAAGUUAUUGAAGAAUAUGACCAGAGUAAAAGUAAAGAAAUAUUUGAUUCUCUUGAAUUAAUUACUAUUAAAUGUGAUGAACAAGAACAAAUAGAGUUAUAUCAAAAUUUUAUUAAUCAUGAGUCAGUACGUAACAAAUGUAUCCAAUUUAUUAGUGAUGCUAUAAUAUCUUUUAAAAAAAGAGAUUGGUAUGAAAGUUCAAAUCAUAUCAUUCUAAUAAUGAAAUUACUUCCAUUAGUAUUACCAUCUCUAUCAAAUAAUAUUCUUGAAUCAUUUGUAUUAUAUUUAAUUAAUUCAUAUCCAGAUUAUAACCCAUUACUAUUUCUUUGUUUAUCUAAACCUUUAUAUAAACAACCACAACUCUCAUUAUCACUCUCUUCACAAUAUUUAAUGAAAUUAAUGAAAUGUUCAUUUGAUUAUUCUGAUGAAUAUUCAUUAUUAUUAACAUUACUUUUAUAUUCUGAUAAAGUUAAACAUCAAAUUAAGACAUCAUUUCUUUUAUUAUCAACACAAGAUGCUUUUGCUGUAAUGUUAUCUCGACCAUUAAAGAAUUUAUCUUUACCAUUAUUUAUUACUUAUUUAUCAUUCAAAGAAUGUAACCAAACAUUAUUAUUAAACCAUUUAUCAUUACUGACACCAACAGAUCAGAAUAGUUUAAUGGUUAUUAUGCAAGGAUUACUACAAACAUCUCAAACAUCAUUUCCACAAUCAAAUAUUUUUGAUUUAUUAUUACCUUAUUUAUCUCCAGAUUAUCCACCAGCUCUUCUUUCUUCAGUAGCAGCAGUUCUUUAUAACACAUCUCUUUUUGCAUCAGAUUUAUCUCCAUCUUCAUCAAAUAUAUUAAUUUCAACAUUCAUUUUAUAUUCAUCUCCACACCAACUCACAUCAAAUAAUUUUAGUUUAUUCCAAUUGUUAGGAAGAAUCAUUCAUCGUUUAUUGCAUAACAGAAAUACUAAUCUUCUUUAUUCUUUAGUAAAUUCGUUAGAUACUCUUAAACAAAUUCUUCAAAGACCAAUUUCUUCAUUAGAUUUACCAGAUGCAUUUAAAAUAUGGGAUGAAGAUAACUAUAGAGAAUACCUUCAAGAAUCUAAAUUAAAAAUACUAGUUAAUCAUUCUGAAAAGAUAUUACCAAUUCUUUCUAACUUUUCAUUAUCUGAAGCACAAUUACUAACCACUAAAUUGUUUGAUGAGAUAUCAACAAACCAAUUACAAACAGAUUUUGAUGAAUUAUAUAGAUGGUCUUUACCAAUAUGGGUAAAAGAAGUAAAAUCAACAAUGUCUUCAGUAUUAUGGUGUUAG